AUGCCAUCCCUUCGAAUCCGGCCAUUCCAAUCGCUCCUGCGCGGGAAAGCUCCAUUGCCGCGAUUCCCGCAACGACGAUGGGCCCAAGUCCAUGAUGUCCGCUACCUCGCCACGCACCAUGAUCCCAGCCAAGUGUUGGAUAGGUACCGAGAGAAGCUGGACCAGAAGGCCAAGCAGGAGGGCCAUGAAUCUGUCGAUUCGCUGAAAGACGCCUACAAGGACAAGAUCGAAGACCUCCGGCGCAAAGCCUCAACGGUAGCAACCCCAGAGCCCGACACCCCGUCUGCCUCUCCCUCCUCGCCCUCACCCUCUGCUGUCCGUCCUACCCCCCGUCCGCAACAACCCGCAUCCGAGACCAAGAAAUCCGAGUCCAGCGGCAUCAAGCCCCUGGACUCCUUCAUCGACGUGCAGAAGUUCCUCGACCUUCCGCCCAAGGAAAUCGAGGGUAUUUGGCGACUCCGUCAUGCAUCGAACCCCGGAUCCAUCUGCGCAGUUAUCCCGCUUGAAGCAUACCGGCGCAUUUCGGCUGCAGCGCGCCAGAAUCCGCAGUUUAUUCUCCCGCUGCCCCGCAAUAAUGUCGAGCAAGAAGAACCCGUCAAGAACGAAAAGGGAGAGGAAACCGGCGAGACUCAGACUACCACCAAGGCUGGCGCAGAUAUCCACUUUCUCCAAUGGGCCUUCCACCCGCCUGCUUCGCCGCCACCAGAAACCGCGACACCGGCCCAGCUUGCUAACGCCCACACAUCGACAAUUAUCUUCACCUCGCUUGCGGCGUACAAGCUGCACGGCGCUUAUGCCCAGCCUCACACCACUAUCACCAACUACCUUGACCUCGCGGAAUCAAAGGGUCUGGUGCUCAUGCUCGGCCAGGUGAUGCCGGAUGCGGGUGUGUCGACUUCCGAGGCGAGCUGGCUGGUCAGCUGCGUGCAGCGGUUCUACGACUUUGGUGGCCAGGCCAAUGAGCGGAAGGGCGAGUUGGUGCGUAGCUUUACGCGAGGCGAUACCGAGGUUUUCAAGGUUGAGCAUUUGAUGGAGGAGGCGGAGAAGCUAUAG